UUCAUGUAAAUUCUGUUUUUUUUCUAUUCGUUUCGGGGGUGAUUGCGCGCUACGCCGAAAAACUUCUGUGUUAUGACUUGAACUGUUUCAACCGAAUUUUUUUUCGUUCAGUAUCAAAACGUAUGGGUUGGACAAAACAUCAUCAUUGCAACAACUCAACGUCAGUGUUUCGAGAAAACACAAUCCGAGCUAUCAGAGACGAUUGAAUUUGGCUUUUGCAUUGUUGUGGAAAACAAAAAUGUCAUGUGCACGGCCGCCAAAUUUUCUUUUGCAUAAACAAAAAUCUCUGGUUUGUGAGUCAGUGUGUCACGAGCGGCGUCUUCGUUUACGCAAGCAAUUCUCAGUUGAUCAAAAUCAUGACAUUUCGAAUCAUCGUUCUGUUCACGGACAGAAUCAACCAAAAAAUGGAAAGGUGAUCAACAGCAAUUCUUGGGGCUGCAAUAAUCCCGAGGCUAGCCUACGAAUUGUUACAGCCAUCAAAAAUAAGACACAAAACCAUGGAAGCGAACCAAAUGAACAAGUGCAAAAAUGUCCGGAUAACGAUGUGUUGCCAAACAAGUCACGGAAAAAGAACGAAGAAAAAAUCAACAUAAAUAUUUUUUUGGCACAAAAUGUACCCGAAUUAGAUUUAGGCAGUGAUUCGGAGAGCGGAGUUAAAAAAAUGAAAAAUGUGAAUGAUCAGAGCGAUCCAAAGCCAAUAUCAAAUCGGUUGACUGUUGAAACGCGUCGAAGUCAGUUUCGCCAAAGAAAUCUGUCACUGAGUGAGCCACGUCCGCGUUUAAUGCGUGCAAUGUCUGCACCAAUUCGACCAAUUCUACCGCCAGACGCACACGAAAAAGUAAUUUCAUCAAGUAAUCAAUCUCAAGGUGGUACCAAAAAGCGAUUACGUCGAAAAAAAAUCGCUCCAAUUGAAAUGAGUCCAUUUAGUUUAAAAGUUGCACAACAUACGCAACAGUAUACCAGCAAUGCAAGCAAACUGGUGUCACAACGAUCAUCAUUUGAUGAACGUCCCUCAACGGCUAAAUCAAUGAACAGCUAUCGUUCACUAAAAUCAGUCAAACCGCCAAAAACAUCGACGUCGAUUCAACCAAGGGCCAAAUCAGCAAUGAAUGGAUGUGAAAUUAUAACGCUAGUUUCGUUAUUGAGCCCAGGUGCUAGUGAUUCGGAAAAAGAAGACUAUUCAAUUAGCGCCAAUGACAGUUCGGGCGAAAAGGUUAUUCCAUCUCUAAGAAAAAUUGGAAAGUCGGUUUCAUUUCAGGACGAUGAUAGUUUCGGCGAUGAUGAUCCAAUUAUCGAUUUGCCGUCGGUAUUACGAAGAGCAUCUCUUGUGCCUAAAAUUAGACUAAAUCGUCCACCCACUGCACCACCUGGUUCAAUAUUUCACAAGUCUAAUGCAAUCAGUGAAAUCGGCAUGAGUGGUGACAACAACAAAGUGACUGUUGGUGAAACUGGCGAUUCAAUUGAAAAUCCAAUUUCUCAACUCGGUCAAAGCGGUGGCGAAAUCUCCAAAAUACCCAUUAACAUUGUGAAUGCAACGGUACCAAUGCGAAAAUCAUCAAUUGAUAUAUUUGAUCCAAGUACCGUUUAUCCAGAAUAUGUACGCAGUAUCAAAGAGAAAGAGUGCUGGUUACUCUUUCAAAAAAUGGCUAAAAAAGGAAUAACCGUGAGCUAUGAAACUAUUUUACGUGGAAUGCUGCCACCGAACGAGGUACGGGCCGUCGAGAAAAAGCAAAAAGAAAUUUUCGAACGGCAAGCCAGCAUUGAGUUAGAAGCAGCCACAUCUACCGAAUGUGAUAUUAGUAAAAAAACAUUGUUAAAUUCAUAUGGAUUAUUUGCGAUUUUAACGUUCGCAUUGAUCAUUUAG